AUGAAUAACGAUCAAAAUUCAUUUCUUUCAUCAUCACAACCAAUUGAUAUAAUUGAUGGUAAUAUAACAUCAACUUCAAAUCAAAAUGAAUUAUCAACACUUGAUGAGCCAAUUUUCGAAACUAUAAAACGUGAUCUUUCUGCUGUUCUUCGAAAAUUUAGUCAUGCACUUAUUCCACGUCAAUCAUUAACACUUUUACAACAAUGGGAUUUAUGGGGACCACUUAUUUUAGUUACAACAUUAGCUAUUCUUCUUCAAACUAAUACUACAAAAACAAGUAGUGGUAUGCAUUUUGCUGAAGUAUUUAUAUUAAUGUUAAUUGGAUCAAUCGCUAUUACGAUCAAUUCUCAAUUACUCGGUGGUAAAAUUUCUUUUUUUCAAUCAAUUUGUGUACUUGGUUAUUGUUUAUUACCAUUAUUAAUAUCUGCAUUUAUAAAUAAUUUUCUUUUCUAUCUUCCAUAUAAAUCUAUAUUACAUAUAAUACGAUUUUUAAUAGUAAUGAUUGCAUUUACAUGGACAAUGUAUGCAAGUAUUUGUUUUCUUGGUCAAACUCAACAUCCAAAUCGUCGUAUACUUGUACUCUAUCCAAUAUUUUUAUUUUAUUUUCUUGUUUCUUGGCUUAUUAUACUUCAUACACAUUCGAAAUAA